ACCCGAGCAGGAGGCGGAAGACGGUGUCCAUGUAGCGGCUGGAGCUGCAGAAGUGUGUUUUAGAAAAAUAAAGUCUAAUGCAAACGAAUCGACAUUAGCUGCAUGCAGUAAAUUACGCGUUUAGGACGAUCCCCGUUCCGUUUAAUAGAGCCUGGACACCUCAGCUGGUUCCCCGCGGAGAGGCAGAGUUCAGCCGGGAGAUGUACCGAGGUAGGCCUCCGCCGAGAGGAGACUAUCCGCCACCAUUCGAGGGCCGAGGUCCGCCGCCCCCCAGGCCGUACCCCCCUCCGGCCUACAGAGAGGACCGGAGCCGGGAUAGACCUCCGUACCAUGCCGGCUACCACGACCACGGACCGCCGGACUCGUACCGGCGCUCCCCGCCCCGCAGGAGGUAUCCUUCCCCCGGGUCCGGAGGCCACCGAGGCGGGGACUACUACCCCCCGAGAGAGAGGUCGGUGUCUCCCCGGAGCAGCCUCCCCCUCGACCACAACCUGGUGAUCACUGUCGGCAACGAGCUGACCUCAUCACAUGACAGAGAUCACCCGCCUCGACCUGGGUACGAGCGGAGCCACAGCCGGGGACGGAGCCGCCCUCGCAGCCGGAGCAGAGACCGCAGCCCGGACCGCAGCCGGGCCAAGAGCCGGGGGCGGAGCCGCAGCCGAGCCCGCAGCCCGAGUCAGGGCCGCAGCCCCGACCGCAGCCGGGGGCGGAGCCGAGCCAAGAGCCGCGGCAGAAGCAAGAGCCGCGGCAGAAGCAAGAGCCGCCACCGUAGCAAAUCCAGAUCCAGGACCAGAUCCAGGUCUAGAUCCAGGUCCAGAGGGCGGAGUCGGGGGCGGAGCUAUGGCCGAGCGGCGAGCCGCGGCAGAAGCAAGAGCCGAGCGAAGAGUCGCAGCCGGAGCCGCAGCCGGAGCCGGAGUCGCAGCCGCAGCCGCAGCGCCAGCAGCAGCUCCAGCAGCCAGAGCAGCAAAGGCCAAGGAAGAAACACCAACAGGAAGGAGUUCAAGGAGCUGGAGAUGGCGAGGAGGAGGAAGGAGCUGGAGGAGAUGCUCAGCCGACCGACCAAAUCCAUCCUGAAGAAACGCGCCGACUCCGAGGUGGGCGACUCCCCCAGAGGCCUGGAGGGCUCCAGCAUGUCGCGGGUGGCGGACCGGCUGCUGUCGGCAGUGAAAGGCAUGGAGCCUCACAAGCUGGCCUCCAUGCUGGCAGAGCUGCAGUCGGACCCGCAGAUGGCUCAGAGAGCCGGGCUGGACGCGGAGAUUUCCGGCAUCCUGGACCUGCUGGGGGCGCCGGCGGGCAGGAAGGCAGACGCCAAGCCCAAGGACGACAUCGACGACGAGGAGAAGUUCCUGUAUGGCGACUCGGAGGAGCCCAAACCGCAAGCCGCCCCCGAGCCGCUCCACCAUCACAGCUUCUCCGAGUUGUACGGAGACGUGACGGAGGAGGCGCUGUACGGAGAUUUCUCCUCGCAGAACGCCGUCAUGGGUCAAGCCUAUGGCGCUCUGCCGGGCGCCUCGUCGCACCUUCAGGCCCCGCCCACUCCGGGAGACCAGAGGUACCAGAGCAGACCCACCAUCAUGCCAGACAACAACAUCACUGUCCAGGUGUCGAACCCGGUCUUCCCGCCCGGCACGGAGCCGCUGGAGGAGAGCGAGCGGCAGGCGCUGGAGGAAUACGAGAAGAUCCAGGACCUGCUCAAGACCAUCGGCCUCGACCUCGGCGUGGUCGAGAUCAGCAAGAUGGCUGCCAGAACCAAGGAGCGACUGCACGGUAACAAGCCCCCUCCAAAGACGCCCACCCGUCGCAGCCGCUAUUCAUCAGGCAGCUCUGACGGCAGCCGGCGGGGCAGCCGGCACAGGAGGCGGAGCCACAGCGGCAGCCGCAGCUCCGACAGCAGCAGCAGCCGCAGCCGAGCGGGAAGCUGGAGCAGCGACGAGCGGCACAAGAAGGCCUCGCCCCCGCCCAAACCCCGCAGCGGAAAGGAACUGAAGACCGAGAAGAGUGACUGGAGGCCGCCGGUGCCUGCAGAGCCGACGCCACAAUCUGCAGAAGUUAAGCCCAUCCCGACCCACCCGGCGGUACCCAUCCCCCCCUACGGCCACACCCAGGUUCACAGCAUGAUGGCACCCAGCUUCCCCCCGCCGGGCUACAGCCAGUACGGGAACUACAUGCCCUACAUGCACCAGCAGUGGCCACCCAUGUACCCGCCGCCCGGCAUGGCCGUGCCACCCCAGGGUGGCCACGAAGACUACCCCUCCGGCCCGCCGUAUAGCCAGCCAUACAACAAGCCCAUCCCCUUCGAGCCCGAGAGCACGGCACCGCUGAAGGUCUCAGUCCCUCAGGACAAAGGCAAGGAAAGCACUAAAAGCAGCAGCCACGAGAGGAGAGUUUCUGAGGAGCAGAACAACGAGAGCCAAAAACAAAAGGUUCUGGAGGAGAGAGAGAAGCUGAGGCAGGAGAGAGAAAUCCGCAUGAAGAAGAAGGAAUACCUGAUGAAGGAGCUGGAGCGGCUCAGGAGGCAGCAAGGCGAGCUGCUGAGGAAGAAGCGCAGGGAGAAGGACGGACACAAAGACCCUCUGCUGCAGGAGAUCAGCCGGCUGCAGGAGGAGGUGAUGAGCCAGAUCUCCGACCUGCGCAAGGAGCACGAGGCCGCCGAGAAGAAACGCAGCGAGAUCGACAAGGUGGCGCUCAUCCUCGGCCUCAGCGCCUCCGACCGGCCGCGCAGGACCAGCCGGUCGUCUGCCCAGCGGGAGGAGCUGCCACCGGACAAGAAGAAACGAGAGCUGAGCCCGGAGGGCCCGCCGACGCCUGGCACCGCCCCGCUAAAGCAGAACUCGUCGUCAAGAGCGUCGCCAGACAAACCCAAGCCGUCCGUCACCGCCUCGGCUCCGCCCCCUCCUCCGACCCCGCCUCCCGAGCCGUUCGAAUACUAUGACGCAGGAAACCACUGGUGUAAAAACUGUAACGUCACCUCUGGUUCCAUGUUUGAUUUUUUCACGCACUUGCACAGCAAAUCGCACAGGAAGACACAGGAUCCCUACGAAAGGCCCUGGGCCUCCAGUCCCACCAAGACUGACAAGAGUUUGUCUUCAGAAGAGAAGAUGACUAAACCCGCCAAAGGGUCGGAGUUCCUGCUGCCUGUGAGGGGUUUCUUCUGCCUGCUGUGUAGAGACUUUUUUGGUGAUGCCAUUUGUGCCGAACAGCAUGUUACGACGCACGCCCACAACGAGAAAUACAAGAAACAAAUGUAUGAGAAUCCUCUGUAUGAACAAAGGAGGAACCUGGACCGCCAGGCAGGACUGACGCUGGAGGCCAGUGGAAAGAAGCGCAAGCAUGAUGAUGAAGACAGAGGCAGCAAAGAGAAGGAAGAGAAGUCCAAACACAAAAAGGAGAAAAAAGACAAGGAGAAAAAAAAGGAUGAGGGCGACGAUUUGAGGAAAGACGAGAAAUCUAAAGUUAAAAAGGAAGAAGAGAAUGACAAACCCAAGGCCAGCAGGAAAGAGGAAGAUUCUAAACCUGCCAGGAACAAAGAAGAGGAGAGGCCUGGUUUCAGCAAGAAAGAUGAAGAUGAAAGGCAUAAAUACAGCAAGAAAGAUGAUAAACACAGGCACAGCAGAGAAGAUGAGGAGAAGGCCAAGUACAGCAAGAAAGAUGAGGAGGACAGAUACAAAUACAGCAAAGAGGAAGAAUACCGGCACCCAUAUCACAAGGAAGAUGAGGAGAGGUUCAGGUCUGGCCGAGGAGACGACCGGCCAAAGUACAGCUACAGAGAUGACGAUGACAAGUAUAAAUACAGCAAAUACUCCGAUUCCAGAUUCAGAUAUGAUAGGGAAAGAGAGGAGGGGAAAUCUAAGGAACCUAGACAGUACAGAAAGUCUGAACAGUCAAAGGAGGAAGAGAAACCAGAGGUCAAGAAGCAGUCUGAACCUCCUCUGAAGCCCUACGACCCACCCAAAGUCCUCUGCGGGCCCAGCCCUGCCAUGAGAGCCAAACUUCGCAAGCAGAGCAUCGAAACAGGCAAAGCAGCACCUACUGCCUCCUUGUCUACAUUCGGGAAGUUCACAUGGAAAAAGAAGGAGAACACUUUGGCAAAGGAGGCGGAGAGAGUGGCUGCCGAGUUUCUUAAGGAUGAUGAGACGUCUGCAACCCAGGAGAAUAUCCCGGUGGAAGAUUCAUUCGCCAAAUCGGUGGCUGUCGCUAAAGAAAUAGCUCAGAAGCUGGCAGGCCAGACUGGCUUACUGCCUACUCCCACCUGGGUGUCACCUGGCGCCAACCGGGGCAGGAUCCGGCCCAACCUUCCUGCACCUACUGCGGUCUUCAGGAGAACAACCAUGAUGGGCAAACCUGCUCCCCUCAAUACCUUUCUCUCCAUCAGACCACAGUACCCAAAUACAUCAAUGCCUCCGCCAACAAAUUUAUCCCCUAAUUUUCCCUUAGAGAACAGCCCCGUCCCCCCUCAAAAAACCAGCCCUGUGAUGCCCCCACAAGAGAGCCCUGUGAUCCCCCCAGGCAGCCAAACAGUCUCUGACAUCACUACAAAACCGUCAGAGGCUAAACCUGAAACUGUACAAUCAGCCCCGCCUCCCAUGUCAAUGAUAAAGAUUGUGUCUGAUGUUGCGGCUCCAGGUGUCCCUGAGAGCGAACAGACUCGUACAGUUUUUGUCAAGCCUCCGCCUUUCAUGAACAGUGGUGACGGAGCUCAGAAGUCAGAGAAACUGAAGACCAAUCUGGCUGCAGCCAAAGCCCAGGAUUUGUUUGACAUUUUCUAUAGCAGCAUCGGCCAGCCCGGCCCUUCUGCCGUCGCCAGGUCGGCGGCAGACAGCAGAGCCGAGGGGAACAGCAUCAAGAACAGCCAGUCUUCAAAACCACAGCCAGUCUCACAGCCAGCCUCACAACCCAAGCCUCAAACCCAAACCCAGCUUCAGUCCCAGAAUGAGCCACAGACAGUCCCACAAACCCAGUCCAAACCAGCCCCUCAAACGCAGCCCAUCCAGACUCCAGAUCCUGCUCCACAAACUAAGCCAAUUCAAUCUGACCCAAGACCCUGCGCUCAGCCCCAACCUACACCAGUACCUGUAAAAAGUCAAGUUCAGCCUUCACCAGAUCCUAAACCUGAGCUGACUCAGACCCAAGCGGCUCCACAGGCUGUGCCGCCCCAACCAACCCAACCAAGUCCACAGGUUGCACCCGAGCCCCAGUCACUGUCCCAGUUUCAGAAUGUACCCCAAGAUCAUACUGAGCCCUCACCUCCUAAAUCCGAGCAGGUUGAGACCAAACCUGAGAUCACUCCCCAAAUCCAAGUGGAGCCCCUAAAAGAACCAGACCCCCAGUCUUUUGCAGAGACUCUCCCCUCCCCUCCGGACCUUGCUCCUGUAACCAUGCCUGAAAUGCAAUCGCCUCCUAAAACUAAAACCAAAACGUCCCCUCAGAGCAAGAAAACCCCGACUCCUCCCCGCCCCACCCGGCAAACCCGCUCCCAAACCAGAUACCAGACCCGCCAGCAGCAGCUCCAGCUGAGCCAGCCUGAACCAGAGUCUGACUCGGUUCAGGACGAACCUUCAGAGCCCAGUGCUCUGGAUGUUUCGGGACCAGGAUCGGAUGAUGUCGCUGAGUCGCAGUCUGAGGAAAUGACUGGUGACGCCGACUCCAAAAUGGAGAUUUCCGAGGAGACAACUGUGACCCCUGAGACCCUGGGCCUCCCGUCUGACAUGAUGAGUCUGGGGUUCGAGUACGACUUUAACUUUGAGUAAGACAAACACAGAUAGUGGUUUUCUUUUUAAACAUUGGGCAUAUCCACAGUAUUCAGUAGAUCAUAAUAAGCCACAAUAUUUUCUCAGUAAUUUAUCAGACUUUUAGGCAGCUGGAAGUGGAGUUGGUGAGGUGGAAGUGGCACCAACAGGCUUCACAAACCUUUGACCUUCAUAAUGUUUAACCAUGGCAGUGCUGUCUGUGUCAGGCCCUCUGAGAGGCACAUUCUGUUCCCCAUUCUCUCACCAGUUCUUUUCUUUCACCUUUUUGAAGGUAACGUACUGUAUACUGUUGUUGACAUUUUUUCAUGUUUUCCUUUGUAUACAAGUUCAGACUUAAUGAGUCAAUUUCCUCUUUUUUUUCCUUCAAAAGAUGACAAGUUGUAUUGAUACAGGGACAAGAGUUCUCACCUUUAUGGAGAAAACUGCGGUUGGUAAAAUAUCCCAGCAUGGACCAAAAGCUUUCCCUGGUGGAUUUGUAUGUUUGACAGCUGCACCGUGUUUCAUGUUGCCCUUUACAGCACCGUCACCGGACAGAAGACACAGAGGAACAUGGUGGUAGAAACAUUAUCACCCUUUUAUUCCUGGUGUUUCAUGAGCUGCCGUGCUCAGUAUCAUCACUCUGUCUGGCUCCACAUACAAAGUGCUUGUCCUGUAAAAGCUGUUGCUAACGUAGAGUUUUAAUAAAAUCUUGUGGAAUAAAACAGCACUUCUUAAAUGGCCUGUCAUUUUACUGAUAUUGAUGUAGACCGUUUUGUUUUUCAUUUUUUAAAAGUUAUUUUAUGCCCAACUCAAGUUGUAUUAAAAUAUUGAUUUCAAUAGAAGGAGACAGUGCUUUAAUACAAUCUGAGUUGUAGAGACUUUUCUUCAUCAUGUAUUUGCAAACGCAUACUCAAUAUUUCGCACUGGAGUGCAGUCAGUGAGCAACUCAGAUGAUGUGAAAAUGUAAUUAUUGUAAUUAACCAGUGAGAUGCCUUGAAAUGUCUUCCAAAGUUGUAUAGAAAUUGUUUCAGAGAUGCCUUCUCUGAGAUUGUGACCCUGAAACAGUGGGUGUCUGUUUGCAAAUACAAGAAUU